AAAUGGUUAUAGCACUGGUGGUUGUCAUCCUUCUCCUCAUCAUAAUCAGACCUGCACUCUCCCACCUGGUAUCAAGGCCUGUGAAUACAAGAGGAGACAAAAGCAGUUUAAGAGAUUCUGCAUGGCAUUAUGAGAAUCCUGGAUACCAGGAGCUGACGGCGGUAGUCACUGAGGUUUCUGCCCCAAAUCUGGAAGGUCCAACGGACAUCUCAGGCUGCGGUGAUCUGGUGUGGGUCCAGGAGCCUGAGGUGCACCGCAAGGCUGACAGCAUUGCUGGUAAAUACGGUGUCUGGAUGCAAGACCCAGAAGCUAAAGAAACGUAUGGUCCAGAGAUGGUAUGGCGCAUUGAUGCCGUAGGGUCUGAAGUUCGUCAACUCUUCGGGUAUGAAAACAUUGACCAGCUGUCACGGGGCUUUCCCACUAAAGUCCUCCUCUUGCCAGAAUCUAUGGAGAGCACGGGUGCCACAAUGUACAGAGGCUCCUUGUACUACCAACGAAGGCUCAGCCGCACCCUUCUAAGAUACGAUCUACAAUCGGAGAGCAUUGCUGCCCGCCGUGAUCUUCCCCAUGCUGGCUUUCAUGGUCAGUUCCCCUACUCCUGGGGAGGCUACACAGACAUUGACCUGGCAGUAGAUGAGAAUGGUCUAUGGGCCAUAUACAGCACCAACAAAGCCAAGGGUGCUAUUAUGAUCUCCCAGCUGGACCCUCACAACCUGGAGGUGAAGGGCACCUGGGAGACUAAAAUCCGCAAGACAUCCGUGGCCAAUGCUUUUAUGAUCUGUGGCAAUCUGUAUACAGUAGCUAGUUACACCUCACCAAACACCACCAUAAAUUACAUGUAUGACACUGCAACCAGCCAGGAUAAAACAAUCUCAGUGCCGUUCAAAAACCGCUAUCGCUACAACAGCAUGGUAGACUAUAACCCAGCACAGAGAAAGCUAUAUGCUUGGGAUAACUAUUACAUGGUAUCUUAUAAUGUGAGACUAGGCAAGCAGGAGUAAAGUGAAGACCUCAGCAUAAAUUUCCAUAUCACCCAGCUUAUAGACUCGUUUUGUAAUGUUGUAAUAUUAACAUCCAGAGGGACAGCUAUUGUUGGAUUUACUGGAAUUCAACUGGACAAGAAUCAAGUAUAAGUAUGCUGAUGACAUUAAUAAUAGCACCAGCAGUAGGUGUGUGUGUGUAUAUAUAUAUUUGUAAUGAAUACAGCAAAUAACAUUUUCCUGAUAAUAUUCAAGCACAAUGACUUCUAUAUAAGCUGCUAUUUUCAAGACAACAGUUAAAGACAGUAAGCAUUGCACAUCUUCACAUUAAUAAUUUAUAUUUUUGCAUCAGUCCAUGAUCAAUGCUAUAAAAUAUAUUCCUUUGACUAACAAAUUCCAAAAUAGAUAAAUUAUCUAAUCAUGAUAUCAGGUUUUUAAUAAAUUGAGGCUAUUUAUGUCCUCUGUGAUUUUGUCCACUUAACAUGUUAAUAGAGAAAUUAUUUUUCUACCUUUUUAAGUAACGUCUCUUCUUUUUUUUUUUUUGUUUACGGCACUGAAUAAAUUCAAGGAAGGGGGAAAAUAUAAUGGCAUACAAUUCAUUACAGUAAGCCUGCCUCUUGAUUGAUACAUUGUACAGAGUUGUGUACGUGCUCUAAUCCUUACGUAAUUAUGCUAUCGUAACUCUGUAUAAGUUAAAUAUUUUCAGUUUUCUCUUUUGAAUUUGCCUCAAGACUUGUGUGCAGCUUGAGAUGUUAAGAUUGGAAUCUUGUGGCUAUGGAAGUGUAUUAACUUAUAUGAAAAUAAAGAUUUAAAAAA